AUCGAAUCGAAUCGAAACGCAUUAUAACACCCAAGCUGUGAUCUGACACGAUCACGCUUCAGUCCUGAGGAGGUCGUCUUGGUUCGCAUUACACAUCGUAAGGGCCACAUCUCUCAAGUCCAAUCUCUACAUAGGACAUUGCGCACUUCCAACUUCAUGUAUCGAGCAAUUCCCAAGUAUGCAUGGGAAAGGCCGCUCGAUAUGAAUGUACGCAGCACGAACGAAGGGGAACUGCAUAUUCCCUUCUCACACUUUGUCCGUCCGACAAUAGCAAAACAAUCAUCGAGACGCGACUUUCCGCAAUUUCUGCAACUACCGACAGAGUUGCAGUUUCGAAUCCUCAGCUUUUGCGACAAUCAAACGCUCUUCAGCCUCAUGCAUACAUCAUCGCACGUCCGGUCUGAGGCGAAUAGGCGGUUCUUCUCAUGCACAGAUACUUGGUACUGCAUCGAUGCAACCUGGAUACACAAAGGCUGUUUCCCUGGCGAUGCACCAUACGACAUGCAAUUUCUACAGAUGGUUGAGCAACUGGAAGUCCAGUUUAGCUCCCUGGAAGAAGAUUACUGGCUGUGGAACCAUCAUGUCACGGGUGAUACUUUUGGGGACUUCCAAUAUGGAUUCGAGGAUGAAAAAAGAGUAGCAGAACGAGUGGAACAAUGCUUCUACGACUUCUGGCAAAGACUGCACGCGUGCUUUCCUCGAAUCGUCCGGGUCAUGAUUCAAUGCAACAACUUUUUGCGUCCACUUGGUAGCCUGACACCCGAAGCCUUCAAAGGGCUCGCUCGCAUGUGUGGUCGUAACACGGAGGUCUCACUUUCUCUGCUCAAGACAUCGGGGCGCCGCGACCGCCGAGCAGAAAGAAGUAUCUGGCACCAAAGCCCGGAUACUACGACAUCUGACGUCACCGACAAGUGGAAGGAAGGCCCGAACGAGCUGGAACCGAGGAUUUUGUUACCGGUCAAGAGAUUUCGUGGGCCCCUGGGUGCGUACGAAUAUUCAAAACACAAAAGACUUCAGUACUUCCGGUUUCAGAACACGAUUGUGGUCAUGCUCAUAGCAGCCAUAGAAAGAGAGCACUUCUGCGGACACCACUCGCCAUUCCAAUGCACAGCGCCCCGCUGCUCGGUGAUAUUCAAUCACCCUGGAGAAUUCACGACGCAUGUGAUCAACCACAGUGAGCACAGGGAACACAUCACCGCACCAGAGGGUUCCAGGUCUUUCUUUGCUGAUGCAAAUGCAAAACUCGGUGCCCUGAAACGUGAAUAUGAUGAGGCUUAUGAAUCAUUCCAACGUCAGUGGGGUCAUCAUGGAUCCGAGAGACGGAUUAUGACAGAAGAAGCUGCUAUCCAGCAGGUCGCGAGUGAUCCGUUGUAUGCGUCAGGGCAACCGGGAUACGAUAGUUACAUCUUGAAUCAGGCGCUUGACGCUUUGGAUAGUAUUGUUUAGGAGCUCGUAGCCAGAGGCUAGAUCGCAACACUCUAUGUGCCGGUAUGCCACUGGAGCAAGAAGCGAGAAGCAGGGUUGUAAAAGAAAAGGUUACAUCUUGAACAUCCUCUCGUUAACAAAGUAAUUGACGGUC